AUGUUAUCUUUAACUGAUGGCGAGAGGCGAGAGAUGAUCAGAGAGAUGACGACACCAGGUGACAGGUUUAGCUGGCGGACGGCCGAGAGCGCCGCGCAAGCCGCAAGCCCCGGUCGGAUUUCCGAUUGCUACAUCUCCAGUCUCACCGCGAAUCACUUGAAUCAGUCAGUUGUCGCGGCCAGCCGCGCGUACCCAACGCACCGGGCUGCGAACCAGGGCCUUUCUGGGAGCUGA